AUGGGUCGAGAAAGCAGGAAGCUGGCGCUUCCGGCCAUUGGGAAACAUGCCAAAGCACGCCACAAUAAGAUGGACAGGAUGGCUCAGGCUGAUCCUUCAAUCUACUCCACGUUGAAUGCCCUCAAGCAAGCGCCUGCGCCCAAGUUGAAGCAUAAGAGCUACUUUGAGAUAGCUGAAAAUGCCGACAAGAAGGACAAGAUCCUCGAGACCCAGACUACAGCCAAGCGAACACCACCACCCGGCUAUGAGUUCAUAGCGCUGGGCAACCCGGAACUCACACAAAUGUGCAAAGAUAUUUCGCGCGAGCAAGACGCCAUGAUCUUCAUCGUUUCAGAAUCUACAGACGAAUCUGUACACAGUCAUACCCAUCGACUGGGCUACCAUUUCCGUGAGCGCAUUGUGGACCAGGCUCGAGAUAGCCUUACAGCGAGUGGCGUGAUCAUGCCGCAGAAGAUUGCCUCGGGACGCCCUGAGAGCAUACCCAAGGACCGCAAUCAGAUCCUUAAAGAGGCUGAUGCUGUCCUCAGAGAUCUGUUUCCGCGGAUUCCAAAUUCCAACCGAAUCGACAUCCUGCGUCACUCUUUUGACAAGGAUAACAAAUUUUUCAAUGGCAGGGAGAAGGUUGGCAUGGCUGGAGAUUUGCCGCUCUCCCGGCGAGUUCAACUAGCUGCCCUCUCUCAUAUCAGACAUACCAUGACAAGAUAUGAUGAUCUCUUGAGGGAAGGCCAGAAGUGGGAGAAUGCUCGAAAAGCUGUGGAGCAGCCAUGUUUGGACAUCAUCGUCAAGUGGCGGGGCGAUGAGGAAACCGGCCGUGACCAGCUUGAUGAGAUUCUUCGAGAGGUCAUUGAAAUAUCCGACGAUGAGGAUUCGGAUGAAGACAGCACCGAAGAAGAGCAAGUACCCGCAGCCGCCAGGCUUGCAGUUCCAUCGGACCCAGGACCUAAUGCGGCUGAAGCGCAUGCCCUGGCACAGAAUCCCCCAGCGCCCUCUAGGGCCAGCUCCGCCCGGAGCCCGCGACAUCAGCCUUUGGUUAUCUCUUUGGUGUCGCCUGCGCCUCCCAGAAAGUUGACUAGAAAGGAACGAAAAGCGGCCAGGCAGACCCAACAGAGAUUCAAACGGUAUGAGCAGGUGGCGGAAACAUUUAGGCGUGUUCCUGGAUCCCCAAGGUCUCCGAGAGAUAAGUAUGCGAGCGGAAGCUUGCCUGAGAUGGCUACCGUGUCUGUACCCAGAAACCUGGAGUAUGUUCGUGAACCGGAACGAACCGUGCCUCAGUCUGCUGCUCCCACACUAUCGGGAUCGUAUACACGCCAGGAUGUGCCGCCUAUUGCUUCCAGGUCUCGUGGGCAGUCACCAAUUUUGGUCCGAGUCGCGGACAGCAACAUGCCCAAAGUUGGGCAAGCGGCUAACCGUCUCGAUUACAGUCCUCAUGCUAUGUCUCCAGUCAGGAGCCAAUUCCAGGAUUUGCUGGUCCGAUCCAUCGAACCUCACUCGCCCGGUGCAUCUCAAAUUCGCGACCGUGCGACCUCGUAUCCUUUCCACCCGGAGAUGGGUAGAGUUGCUGAGGCGCCUCGUGUUGUUGAUCGUUCUGUAGUCCCACGCCCGGAUGGUCCCACAGCCUCUACCGUUUUUUUGGGUCCGGAAGAGUUGCCAUCAAGCCGCCGACAGGUUAGUACACGAUUCACAGAGCAACCGGAGUUAUUCUCUGGUGCAGGAUUCAUUCAAGUUCAUCGCGAACCGAGUCGCCGCGUGCCGAGUCAAGCUCGGCCAGAUGGUCUGGCCAUCAGCCACGCAAUUCCAGUCACCAGAUCCUUUGAGCGGAGGUCUCGAUCUCCGAUCUCUCACCCCCAAGCCGGAGCAUAUAGAGAUGCCGGACGAGUGCUUUAUAGAUCGAGACCAACUACAGUCUACGUGGAUGAACCUAGGUCGAACGGGCGGGACGAGUUUGCUCUUAGUUCGAGAGACCAUCCAAUCGUGCUUGAUGAUCUAAACCCAAGGGCAACAAAUAGAUCAACUGACGCUCACCGAUCCUUGCAAGACAUGGAAUAUGACCCACGACAACCAGGAGAAGUUGAUUUUCUCCGCCGGGUCCCGGUUCGCGAGCCAGACAGACGCCUUGAUCGGCCAGCAGUCACUUACACCGACGUUUACGACUCGAGGCCAACUCGUGUCCUUCAACAACCGGCAGAACCCCCACACUCGCACCUUAUUCCAGUCAGAUCGCACAUUGGACAUCAUCCCGAGCCUUUACCGUAUGGUGCCGAUGUCUUUCGACCGGCACAUACAAGUCGUCCAUUUCUAGACUCUGCAAGCCAUCAUGCCAUUCGUGGCAGUGCCGUCGACGCAUAUGUCCCGGUUGAGAGAGUUCUGCCUCCACAGGCCAGGCAUGAACCGCACUACCCGGACGAGCUGGCGUACGGCUAUCAGAGACCCCAAGAACGUAUCAUCGUUCGCGACCCGGGUCGCGAUCAAGCAUUUAUUCAACAACCGCCUCCCGGCCCAGACUACACCUAUCGGCCUGUACCUAAUCACUACUGA